CGCCCCCGACCGCGCGAACGCGCGCCCCGCCCUGCGCGCCUUCCCUCCUGCGCUCGCCGGCCUCUCCUGCCUCUUAGAACCUUCCUGCGGUCGUGGUCGCAUCUCGCUGCUCCAGCCUCCGGGGCCACGUUCCAUCCUUUCAGCCUGAGACCAGCCCAGAAAGAAAAACAAUUAUCUUUUCUUGCUCGGUACCUAUCUUAAAGCCAUGAGGGAAAUCGUGCACAUCCAGGCCGGACAGUGUGGCAACCAGAUUGGUGCUAAGUUCUGGGAGGUGAUAAGCGAUGAACACGGCAUCGACCCCACCGGUACCUACCACGGAGACAGCGACCUGCAGCUGGACCGAAUCUCUGUCUACUACAAUGAAGCCACAGGUGGCAAGUAUGUCCCACGAGCUAUCUUGGUGGAUCUAGAACCCGGGACCAUGGACUCUGUUCGAUCAGGUCCUUUUGGCCAGAUCUUCAGACCAGACAACUUUGUUUUUGGUCAGUCUGGGGCAGGCAACAACUGGGCUAAGGGUCACUACACAGAGGGAGCUGAGCUGGUCGACUCCGUUCUGGAUGUGGUGCGGAAGGAGGCCGAGAGCUGUGACUGCCUGCAAGGCUUUCAGCUGACCCACUCUCUGGGUGGAGGCACGGGUUCCGGGAUGGGCACCCUGCUCAUCAGCAAGAUCCGAGAAGAGUACCCUGACCGUAUCAUGAAUACCUUCAGCGUGGUGCCUUCGCCCAAAGUGUCCGACACCGUGGUCGAGCCCUACAACGCCACCCUCUCCGUUCAUCAGCUGGUCGAGAACACCGAUGAGACCUACUGCAUUGACAACGAGGCCCUUUAUGACAUCUGCUUCCGCACCCUCAAGCUCACCACGCCAACCUAUGGAGACCUGAACCACCUCGUCUCGGCCACCAUGAGCGGUGUCACCACCUGCCUCCGCUUCCCAGGCCAGCUCAAUGCUGACCUCCGAAAGCUUGCUGUCAACAUGGUGCCCUUCCCUCGUCUCCACUUCUUCAUGCCCGGCUUUGCCCCGCUCACUAGCCGUGGAAGCCAGCAGUACCGGGCCCUCACUGUGCCAGAACUUACCCAGCAGGUCUUCGAUGCCAAGAAUAUGAUGGCAGCCUGUGACCCUCGCCAUGGCCGAUACCUCACCGUCGCAGCCGUCUUCCGCGGGCGGAUGUCCAUGAAGGAGGUAGAUGAGCAAAUGCUCAAUGUGCAGAAUAAGAAUAGCAGCUACUUUGUGGAAUGGAUCCCCAACAACGUCAAGACAGCAGUCUGUGACAUCCCACCCCGUGGCCUCAAGAUGGCGGUCACCUUCAUCGGAAACAGCACGGCCAUCCAGGAGCUCUUCAAGCGCAUCUCGGAGCAGUUCACCGCCAUGUUCCGCCGGAAGGCCUUCCUCCAUUGGUACACGGGCGAGGGCAUGGACGAGAUGGAGUUCACUGAAGCCGAGAGCAACAUGAAUGACCUCGUCUCCGAGUAUCAGCAGUACCAGGAUGCCACCGCAGAAGAGGAGGAGGAUUUCGGGGAGGAGGCAGAAGAAGAGGCCUAAGGCAGAGAGCCCCGCAUCACCUCAGGCUGCUUAGUCCCCUCAGCUUUCUUCAGCUGCCCAUUUUUCUCCUUCAGUUUUCUUUCUGCUGCCUCUGUCCUGUUUUGUUUUUGUUUUUUCACUGGGGCGGGAGGGGGGAAGUGAACGGUGCCUGGCACAUAGUAGGCGCUCAAUAAAUAUUUGUUUGUGGAA